AUGCUGCAGCCACGAAUAUUGUCUCUUUCCUCUCGGAGAGCGCUGGCUAGUUGCCAGUGCUCUUCAACGUUCGCCCGGCGCGCCUAUGCGACAGUCCAACGAUCAGCACCACCGCCCCCCGACCCAGCGAAAGACUAUGUACCCUCGAUUCCCAGGGGUGACAGAGCACCUCCCAGACCUGCGAGGGACUACAUGCCAUCCGUAGCCAAGACGGAAAGGGAGUCGACCGUCAUGAUGCGCACCUACAAGCCCCGAACGCCCGGUGUACGGCAUCUGAAGCGACCGAUCAACGACCAUCUGUGGAAGGGCAGACCGUUCUUGCCCCUGACUUUCCCAAAGAAGGGUAUGGCCAAGGGUGGACGCAACAACCUUGGCAAAAUCACCGUCAGACAUCGAGGAGGUGGCGUCAAGCGGAGGAUAAGGACAGUCGACUUCCACCGUUGGCUAGCCGGUCCCCAUCUCGUCGAGCGCAUUGAGUACGACCCGGGCCGCAGUGCACAUAUCGCCCUGUUGACUGAGGAGGCAACCAACAAGAAGACAUACAUCGUAGCGCCCGAAGGUACGAGAGCCGGAGACGUUGUCCAGAGCUAUCGGGCUGGCAUCCCGCAGGACCUUCUCGAAAGUAUGGGUGGAGUCAUAGAUCCGGGUAUUCUGGCUGCCAAAACAGCGCACCGAGGCAACUGUCUACCGUUGCACUUGAUUCCUGUCGGUACGCCCGUGUUCAAUGUCGGGUCGCACCCCAAAGGAGGUGCCGUGUUCUGCCGAAGUGCCGGUACCUUCGCAGUCGUGGAAAGCAAGGACGAGGAGGUGAGAGAGGAUGGUGUGAAGGUCGUGACUGGCAAGUAUGUCACAGUCCGGCUGCAGUCUGGAGAAAUCAGAAGAGUCAGCAAGGAUGCUUGUGCCACUAUAGGUGUUGCAAGCAAUCCUCACCACCAUUAUCGACAACUCGGAAAGGCAGGCAGAAGUCGCUUGUUGAACAUCAGACCGACGGUGCGCGGUGUCGCCAUGAACAAAGUCGAUCAUCCUCACGGUGGUGGUCGUGGUAAAUCCAAGGGUAACCGACACCCUACCAGUCCUUGGGGCACACCGGCGAAAGGUGGUUACAAAACGCGCAGGAAGAGCAACCCCAACAAGUGGGUUGUGGUGCCUCGUGCAAGAAAUCACGGCAAGCGGCGGGACAAGAAGGGCAAGAAAGCUUAG